AUGUCUUCCCCUCUGCGCAUUGCUAUCCUAGAAUGCGAUACUCCAGUCCCAGAAGUCCACAAACGAUACAAUGGAUACGGCGGGGUAUUCUCCACGCUCCUCAAAUCCAGCGCGAAAACAUUGCAUCUUGAUCCAGAGACAGACUUGGAAAUUACCGCAUUCAACAUCGUAGACGACGACAAAUACCCAAAACUGGAGGAUGUCGACGCUAUACUCCUAUCAGGAUCAAAACACAACUCCUUCGAAGACCACCCCUGGAUUCUGCGUCUCGUUGAAUUUACCAAAAUGGUCCUAGCGCAGGACCGCGUGCGCAUUCUGGGAAUCUGCUUCGGGCACCAGAUCAUCGGCCGCGCUCUAGACUCCAAGGUCGGACGAAGCGAUAAGGGCUGGGAGAUUUCCGUGUGCGAUAUGGACUUGACAGAUAAAGGAAAAGAGUUGUUUGGUCGAGAAAAGCUCCGCAUCCAGCAAAUGCACCAGGAUAUUGUCUUUUCUCUUCCCCCGGGCGUGGUCUCGCUUGGAUCUUCCCCGCGUUGUGAGGUGCAGGGAAUGUAUGCGGCUGGCCGAUUUAUUACGGUACAGGGUCAUCCGGAGUUUAAUGGGGAGAUUAUAACAGAGAUUGUGAAGGUUAGGUCUACGGGGGGCAUUUUUACAGAGGAGAUGGCGAAGGAUGCUGAUGAUAGAGCUUUUAAUGAGCAAGAUGGUAUUGCUAUUGGUGCCGUGUUCCUGAAGUUCCUACUGGAGGAGUAG